AUGAGUAUUCAGAAUUACGAGAGGUACAUCAGCGGGGAGAGCGUGUGCCACUGCUUUGAGGAGUACCGCGGGGUGAAUUGCCGCCACCACUACACUUCCAUCCCUGCGCGAGACUCCUCGUGCCAGGGCCUGCUGGGCUGCCAUCACCUAUGCCACCUGCAGAUCCUGAACCUGGAGGAGGUGCCCCUGUGCUCCUGCCGCGCCGGGUACCGCCUGGUGGACCGAACUCAGUGUGUGCCACAAGACGAGUGGGACGUGGCGGUGGUGAUCGAGGUGGCGCAGGACGAAAAUGGUGGCAGCGGGACGGAUGACAGCGAGAGGAGCGCCGCGAGAAGCUACGAGUACACUGAGGAGGAGGCUGUGAACAACACCCUGGAUGUGCUGGCAGAGUACGGAGCGGCGGCCUACAACAGGAACCUCUCCGUCAGCAGCAGGUCGGGGCGAGUGGAAGCGCUGGUGAAGGUGAGCGGGGCGGCACUGGCUCGGAGACUCGCCAACACCACCACAUGGCACCAACACUUCCCCACCGCCACCCACGUCACGGCAGCAGUGGCGCCGCAGCUCUCCAUUGGGCCAGUAGGGGCGGAAUGGCACGUGGGCUACCUACUGCUGAGGUGCCCCGUGUACGGAGGGCCACACCUGCGCUUCAUCUGGUACAAGGAUGGCAACCUGGUACUCGACCACAGCGUCACUAACUGUUCUUACGAAUCCCGAACACCUAGGCUACACAUUCUGACGCAGAGAGGCGCGACGGAAAACUCAUGUGAGGAGGUGGUGAGGGUGGAGGAGGCGCGGCAGCAGGAUGGGGGCAUCUUCCAGUGCCACGUGCAGGACCGGAGCUACAGGGCCAGCAGGGAGGUGGUGGUGGGCAUGAACGAGUCUCUGGAACUUGUGUUGCAGCCCAGCGUGGUGACAGUGCACAGGGGCGAGAACGUGACUCUCUCCUGCACCACCAAGAACCGUCUGUGGGCGGAGCUGGAGCACUACCAAGCCCGCUGGAGCCAGGAGCCCGCCCACGCUUUCGCUGGCCUCACGCACGCCAUCCUGCCCAGACGAGGCUACUCCAUCACUUUCCACGGCGUCUCGGAAACAAUGAAAGUAACGUGCAUGAUGCGGGAGAAGGAGGGCCUGGUGUGGGACGCGGACCGUGACCUGGAGGGCGUGGAAGAGGCCAGCGUGGAGGGCGAGGUGCACGUGGUCACGCCCGCCACGCUCACCUGCCUUCAGGAGCAACGUUACGGCAUCCUCUGGCCACUAACAGCGGUUGGAGUAAUUGCCCACGAGCAGUGCCCCUCAGGAUACACGGGAGAAGGAGCUACUCGCGCCUGUCACGCCCAAGCCCCGCCCACUGCCGCUACUUGGCGCACCCCAGACUUCUCCGCGUGUGUCCGUCCCGCGCUGACCUACCUCAUGACGCCACUACUUCUGUACGCGCGAGGCUACAACGCCCUUGCUGGCAACACUGCGGACGUGGCUAGGACACUGCUGGGGAUCCUGAAGGAGGGAGAGCCAAACAAGACCUUAUUGCCAGGGGAGGGGGCGACCGUUCUGAGGAUUCUGGACCUUCUGGAAGCGGCGAGGAGACGGAAAGAGCAGGAGGAGGGGAAAGGGAAGCGCCAAUUUCAGAUCCCUCUCAGUGUGUUCCUGAAGGUGAUACAAGUGUUGGUGGAGCAGCGAGGUGUCAUCAGUGGCCAGGACGUCGGGGAGAUGCUGCGGCUCACAAGGGGAGGACUGAGGGCCGUGGUUCAGGGCAAGGAGGUUAGACUGGCGGACCUGGUGGCGAGGGUAGCGAGUGUGUCGAGUGUGUCUCUGAGCCCAGCCACAAAGAUUGAGUACCCGGCGUUCCUGAAGGUGGAGAAGCCCGUGGAGAAGGGAGGGAAGGAAGACGCUGGUAGCGGAGAAAGGCCUGUGGUGAUGGCAGUCUCAGUGAAGGUGGAGGUGAAGACAGCACCACCCAUACCGUCCAUAGAGGAAGGAGGGAGGAGCAGACGAAGUACGCGAGAGGAGCACCUGAAGGGCGAAGAGGAGGAGGAGGAGAAGGAGGAGGAGGAGGAGAUUGUAAGGAUUGGCGUGCUGAUGUACCUCCACCCUGAUAUUUUCCUCCCUCAGCCACGAGAGAAGGCAGUCCUGGGGACUUCAUAUUUGGUGGACUGGCAGGUGGCGUCCCCGUGGGUGGAGGUGCUGGUGGUGGAGAAGAAUGCUGGCAACUCCACUCACUCCACUUUCAUGCCAUUCACCACUACAACCACCACCACUGCUACCACCACCGCCAACACCACCAACGCCCUCAGUGUCACGUCUCAUCUGUGGUUCUCCUGUUCUUUCCCUCCUAGUCGUGAACCAGUUGAUGAAAAAGAUAGACUUGACAAGGAAGAGACCGAAUGGAAUGUUACCUGCGCUCGUCUUCAGGUGGACCCAACAGGUGUCCUUCAGGUGGAUUACAAUUCGUGUUCUUCAGCAGUGGAGGGUUCGGCUGAGGGGCUUAAGUGUACCUGCGAGGGAGAGGGUCUGUUUGGCCUUCUGCAAGUUUCCACUACUCCUGUGAGGGUGAUUCAGGAAGAAGACCAAGAAGAGACGAAGGAGGGAGAACAUGACAAAGUAGAUAAAAUGAAGGACGACGAGGACGAAACCGAAAAAGCAGGGGAGGAUAACAAGAAGAAAAGAGACGAGGACAAGGAGGAGGAGGAGGAGGAGGAGGAGGAGAAGGAGGAGGAUGAUGAGUACCUGAGCUUCGUGGUGGUUGUGUUGUGCUUGCUGUCCGCGGUGGUGGCGCUGGUGUGUUUGGUGCUGCUGUUCCCUGGAGCCUCCCACCCCCUCGUGCAGCUGCGCCUCCUCAAGUGUGUGGCCAUCGCAGCCCUCAACCUUGCCCUCGCCGCCAUCACCUUCUGGCCAUACUCCACGUUCGUGAGGGAGGGCGUGGUGGUGAUGGGCGGCGCUAGCGUGGUGCUGUGCAUGGGCGUAGGAGUGAGCCAACAGCUAGCCCUGCAUCAGCACUUGGCAGUCACCACCCAGACUACGCCCCUCACCACGAUCACCACACAGGCCACCACUCUCUUCCUCGCAGGAGUCUCUCUCUUAGUCGGAUUAGCGGCGUGGGGUGCCUUGCCUCGCCACACCCACCCCAUGUCCCCUUCCUCCUCCUCCUGGUUGCUGGUGGGCGGGAACUGGGCGGCUGUGGCGGUGGUGGGCGGCGGCGCUGGCGUGGUAACGUGGGUGUGGGUGCUCGUGACGGUCCACAACCUUCGGAAGUUGUCGUUCAUUAGGGAGAAGACGCCGCAGCAUCGGAGUGUGUCUAUGGUGAGAAGACGCGUGGCCCAACUGACGGCGUUACUGGCGAUGGAAUGGAUGGUGUUGGCCAGCAGCCUUUUCCUGCACCACCAGGUCGGCCGAUAUCUCUUCUGCGCCGCCUCCCUCAUGCAGAGCGCGGUGAGUCUAGUGCUGUACUGGGGCGGCAGCGGGGCGCCGUGCUGGUGCUUGCCUCAUCACCCGCUCUUCUCCACCCCGGGCCCUGCCGCCUCCCACAACGAAGGCGUGGGCGGCGAGGAGGGAGGCUGUAUGAGCGGGCUGAUGGCGUGCAGACUGCCGUCUUCCAAGACCGGCAAGAGAGACGAUGCCACGAAAGACUACAACUCUGAGUUUCGUGGCCGCGGAGGGUCGUUGUGGUCCCAGACGACAAGCACAGUGGUGCCCCUAGAUCCCGCCGACCUGCUGCCAGCCUCCACGGACCCCAUUCUUCAAGCGCGCCGAGACCUGCCGCUGUACGCCCGCUGCGGCAGCAAUGCUCCCGCCGGUGCUCGGAGGCCCAGAAACCUCUUUCUCAGAGGCACCAACUUCCUGUGCGGCGAGAGGGUGACGAGCCCUCAGGACCACAGCUCAGCAGGCACGCCCCUCGACGCAGACCUGAGGGCAGCGGGGAGGCCGCGGGAGCUGUCGUUCAGCCUCCAUCAGGCCGUCAUCCAUGAAGCGUCGCCCGCUGCUCGCGGUUCUCGCUCCAGGCAUUCAAAGGACAAAUACCUGGACAUGUCCGUUCAAGAGUCGGCUUGGCUCUCGCCGUCAAGCGGGCCUGCCAGGGAGUAUGUGAACUUGGAGCCCAGAGUCUCUGUUCAGGUAAGUGACGCGCAGUCGCUGAGUGACAAGGAAGAAGAGGGGAGUGGAUAUUUACCCAUGGGAGGGGAAUGGAAAGGCAAGGAGGAGGAAGGAGGGACGAGCACACCCGCCAUCAGUGUGGGGCUGGCGGGGUGCGAGGUCAAGGCCAAGGGGCCAACGGAGGGUGCCACGCAGGUUACGCCGUCACCUCCAGGCAUCAGCUCCCAGCCUGUGGUCGCCCCAGACGAUGACGUCCCAUUGUAUGAUUCCAGCAGUCACCUAGAAACCUCUGGAGACGCAGCGGGCAGCACAACACAGUCACCGCACGACGGAAGCAGGAGAGCGAGACGUGAGGAAACAGAUGACGCAGACACGCCACCAUGCUGCCCCGAGACUCCACCGAGGGGUAAGAAUCGUGAACCCCCAGAGUGAUGCUGUGAUUCAUUUCAUUUCUUGUUCCUCUGUACCGCCAACACUUCCCCUGUGU